GCGAAUAAAUACGAUGAUUUCCGUCGAGAGUGGGUGCGUCAGCGCCGAGCACGCAUGGACUGGCAAGCCAUAAUCAAUCCAUGUCAUGACAAUAUGGCCUGGGGAAAAGUGAAGGCUGGCUGGGAAAAACCUAACAGAACCAAUGCCUCUACAAGUGAGAUAAUAUUUCAGGACAUCAGGCCUGCGGGAGAGUAUAGUAAGAUUUUCAUCCAAUCAAAAACGUCGGAUAAUGUAACGAAAGUCAUUGGUGGAGACACCUGGAGGGUCUACGUACGCGGUCCAGAAAACAUUGCGGCGACUCUUUUUGAUCACAAUAAUGGAACUUAUCAAGCUCUGUUUCUUAUCAUGGAGCCUGGUAUCUAUCAGCUGUUUAUUUAUCUGGAUUAUAGUCUGUGUGACGGAUUCAGGGAUCCACCACGUGACUGGUUUAUUAGGGGCAUCGCUCAAGGGAAAUUUCAGCGGGAGGGUCUUCUAGGCCCCCUGGAUGACUACUUGGUACAGCCCCUUCAGAGCGGAAGGCCUAUGGGGAUAAAAGUAACAAAGGCAGAGACGAACCUUUCAUUAGGUGGUAAGUAACCUGGUAGAAGGAAAAAAAAAAUUGCCAUUAGCCGGUGUGUAAUAACCUGGCAGCGUUUGCCGCGAAAGCGCCGUACGAGUAAAUUUUUCGCUUAGAGCGCUUUCCGAUGGAGUGUCGUAAACCAAUAUCAAUAUAAUCAAAACGGUCAAUCAAAUGAAAGGCAAUAUUCAUGAGCAGCCAAUGAGUGCUCAAAGUGAAAACACACAAACAUCGUCAAGCGCGGGAAACACAUGUGACCAAUCUACGAUUAGUUUUUGCUUUAAAUCUGAUUGGUUGAGAAAGUGGCGUGAGUUUUCUGGACCAGUCACGUGGUAAAGUAAAGGAAAAUCAAAGGAAUCUCGGAUUUCUUCGAAAACAUCGUAUAUAACUGAAAAUUCUAAUCAUUUUUUUUUUUGCAUCUUUGUUCUGUACAGACAAACUUCAUUCUCCAGAAUCGUGUUCUUCCACAUGUAAUAAGUUGUGGGAUGGAUUUGGUCGGUGGAGGAAUGACAAAUGGCGGCCAUACCUUGAAGGUAAAAACUGACCUGUCAUUGGCCAAGUCAAAUUAGAAGAACAAGCAAACAUAUUUAUUUUGCCGGCAAUGGUUUGUAAUUAGUUUUGAUAGUAAGACCUAAACAUAAAGCGUAUUGUAAAUAAUUAAAGAAUUCCUCACUUCAUUGAAUAUUUGCCUUCUUACAGAAUCAUACAACUGGUCUCUACCAGCAAAUUACAUCUCUUCUGGAACUCUCUGGGUGUACGGUGAUUCAUUAGGGGUUCGCCUGUAUCAGUCAAUCAGCUCUCGGGCCCUAUGUAGAAAGCUCUACUGUAAAUGCAAAAACAGUUAUAAUUGGCUCUAUCCAAUAAUUACCGAGCAACAGAGCAGGACGAAAAACGAUAGUCUCGACUUCCUUGCUGGGGAGGUUUUGAAAGCCAUUCGAAGCGUUCUUAAUACGACUGAAUUACAGCAGCCUUCCAGUGUAUUACUUUUAAACCUUGGACUUCACUAUCCUGUCAGCGUCAAUUUUACAACUUUCCAGAAGGUCAUCGGACAAGUAAUAAAUUUGUUGAAAGAGACACAAGCUUUGCUUCCCAAUCCUCAAUCAUAA